UACCACCUAACCGAGCACUAGCCAAUCACCGUAUACUUGCAGAGAUUUGAAGCCACACACUGUAAUAUUAUAAUAAGUUAAUAACCAAUGUCGCUAGACCACAAGGCCAUAGACUGGAACGACCUCAUUUCAACUGGAGAGUCGGAUUUAACGGUUGCAAGCGGCCUUCGUUUCGAUGAAAUGGAGCUAACCUUAGGGUUACCAGGGGGUUCAGGAGAGAGAAAAUCCGGAACAAAAAGAAAGUUUUUGGAUAUGGUUGAUUUGGAACUAUCGGUAACUAGUUCAAACUACAGGGAACGACGAGUGAUAGGGUGGCCGCCAGUGAGAAAGAACACGAUGAACACGAAGAACAACAAGUAUGUAAAGGUGGCGGUUGAUGGAGCACCGUAUCUUAGAAAAGUUGACUUAACAUCUUACACGGGUUACCAACAACUUCUUAGUGUCUUAGAGGAUAUAAUGUCAUCCUUCAAUACCCAAAAUGUGUUUAAUGAGAAGAAGUUGAAGGAUAGUGUAAUUAGUAGAUGGGAGCAUGUUCCAACAUAUGAGGAUAAAGAUGGUGAUUGGAUGUUACUUGGGGAUGUUCCAUGGAAGAUGUUUGUCGAGACAUGUAAGCGAAUAAGAUUAACGAGAGGCUCAGAGGCUAUUAUUAACCAGUUAGGUGUUCAUAACGUUUGUUCUUCUACGCCAUUCAAGUGACUUCAAAGUUUGAUCCCAUAUGCGGAGAUCGACUUGCUGAUCGAUCAUUAAUAGCAAAUCGCAAUGCAACUCCAAGAUCACUUUUUACAUGUGUAACCUUGAGUCGGUUAAGAGAAGUUGGUAUGAUGAACGGCAACUAAUGUGUCUAGGCGUCGAAGUAGACAAAACAAAAAUAUUAUAUACCAAUUGCGAGUUAGGAAUAGAUAUGGUACUAGUAUAGAUGCAUGGUGUUUUUGUUUUUCUAUCCGUGCAAUAUAUACGCUUUGGCAAAAUUAGCUUCGGUAAGAAGCGUUUUAUUUACUCGCAUUCGGAUAUAAACCCUGUCUGGUAAAACCACCUCUAGCAUUAUAGAACUUUGUUUGGGAAGAAAAUAUUGUCCGUACACGUUUAACUAAUUAUUAGACGCUAGCUUAUUACAACCAGACGCCAGGGGCGGACUUACAUGUAGCCCAAGGUGGACGGGCGCAUCCUCGGAAAAAAAAAAAUUAGUGCUAUUUUCCGUUGAAAAUCCCGUCUGCACUCCUUAGAUUU